AUGGUUGAAAAGUCGACAGACGAAAAGUUCAUGAAAGCUGUGCUCUACACUGGCCCUUCAGAGUAUUCGUAUUCUGCUACAACUAAGACCAUCCCAACUCCUGGCCCAGGACAACUUUUGAUUAAAGUUGAAUGUGUUCCAAUCAAUCCCAGUGAUACUUAUUAUCUUGCAGGUUAAUACCAUGGAACCUAUGCUUAUCCAAUUGUGCCAGGUGGUGAAGGCUCAGGAACUGUGAUUGCAAGUGGAGGAGGCAUCUACGCUUGGUCAUUUGUUGGUAAGAGAGUUACAUUCACCAGACAAAUGGAAAGACCUGGUCAAUUUACAAAAGAUGGAACAUAUGCAGAAUAUGUCGUCACCAAUGCUACUAACUGUAUCACACUAGAUGCUAGUUGUUCUUUUGAAUAAGGUGCAAAUGGAGUUGUAAAUCCACUCACUGCUCUUGGCCUUAUGGAGAGAGCAAGAGUGCUAAAAGCUUAAGCAAUAGUUUAAACUGGAGCUGCUUCCUAACUAGGCAGAAUGGUAAUCAAGCUUGCUAGAGAAAGCAAAAUUCCUUUGAUCAACAUCGUCAGAAGGGACGAGUAGGUGAAUCUACUUUAGGGUGAUAAAUACAAAUAAGAAUACGUAUUAAACUCAGAAAAAGAAGGGUUCUAGGAAGAAUUAUAGAGUUUAUGCAAAAAGCUUAAUGCUACUGUUGUAUUUGAAUGCGUGUCAGGGCCAGUUGUAGGUGUCAUUAUGAAUGCUAUCCCACCUAAGUCAACUCUUAUAUCAUAUGGUAACUUAAGCGAACAAAAAAUGUCUGGAAUCAACACCUUCAAGUUAAUUGGACUUGAAAUUAAAAUUGAAGGCUUUUUGCUUCCAUAUUGGCUUAAGGAAAAGAGCACAUGGGCUCUUCUUGGUAUUAUGAAGGCAAGCAAGCCUUUACUUGAGGAAGUUCAAAUUUACAAAGAAUAUGGAUUCCAUCAAAUUAAAGAGGCAGUUGAAGAAUACAAAGCCAACAUGAGCAAGGGAAAGAUUCUUCUUAGACCAUCUCUUACAGAAUGA